AUGCCGGCCUACCAUUCCAUCUUCCUUGAGGACCGGGAUGUUCCCGUAAUAGGCAAUUUCCCUGUCCUCCCCCUCCGCACCCGUACUCGCGGCCCCGCAUACACCCUCCCCCCGCUGCCCGCCGAUGUCCCCGAAGCCGAUGUGCCUCCCGACAGCGAGUCGUACGACUGCGUAGACGAAAUCCUGUCUCUUUUCCGCGCCAAUGUGCUCUUCCGGAACUUUGAGAUCAAUGGACCUGCAGACCGCAUGCUCAUCUACGGAACGUUGUUCAUCAGUGAAUGUCUGGGGAAGGUCAAGCCGGGCAUGACCUCCCGCGAGGCUGAGAAAGCUUUGAUUAACGUUUCGCUCGACCAUUUCGCUAUUCCCGGUGAUGUGGCCUUCCCUUUGAACCAGGCGUUCGAGCCUCCCCGUGACCGCCAGGACGCAGAGACACUAAGACAAUACCUCUCUCAAGUACGACAGGAAAUCGCUGUUCGACUACAUGCUCGGUUAUACGCUGGCGGUGAAGGGCCUUCAAAGUGGUGGCUGAGCUUUGCAAAGAGGAAGUUUAUGGGAAAGAGCCUCUAG